CCUCUCGAAAAAAGAAGAAGAGAGAGAUCGAUCUAUCAUCGCGAUGGACCAUGCGGCGCCGCGGGCCAGGGAUUGGUCGCUGCUGCCCCUCGACGUUCUCUCCUCGAUCUUCGUCCGGAUCGGCGCCGUCGACGUCCUCAUGGGCGCCGGCCUGGUGUGCCGCUCGUGGCUCGAGGCGGCGAAGCUGCCAGAAGUGUGGCGGGCCGUGGACAUGGACAAACACGAGGUCGUGUUCGCGAAGUGUAACGUGGUCCUGCGCGCAAUGGCGAAGGCGGCCGUCGACCGUUCCGACGGGCAGCUUCGGUCGUUCGCCGGCAAGCUGUUCGUCACCAACGAGCUCAUCAAAUAUAUCGUGGAAAGAUCGCCCUCGCUGACUAGCCUUCGGCUUGUUUCCUGCCAUGUCCACUACCUCGCCAGUGUUAUGCAAGAGUCGGCUCCGAUGGAGCUGCGUUCCCUUGAGCUCUACGACACUUACCUCACCCUUACAGACCUGACGUCUGUCGUCGAGAGCUGCCCUCUCCUACAGGUUCUUUGGGUACAGGACUGCGUUCAGGUCAACAUGAAAGACAAGCAGGCCCUGCAAGCGAAAUUUGCUAGGAUCAUUGGAUCAAGACCCUAAAGCUUGAGCAUGAUGAUAUAUACCGUACAGUAUCUAUCAUUGAGAGAAUGACCAAACUACCACCAGUGACCAGUCAAACUAAACUUGCCAAAAUAGCAUUCACUUCAAAAAAAAUCUAGUCACUCGGGUGUAUGGGCGUGGACAUGCUUCUAGGUCGGUAG